UUUUACUUAUAAUUUAUAGAAGAAGAAAAAAAUUGUUGUAAAUAAAAGACAACGUGCACACAGCAGGGAAUACAUGCUGUGACGGCUAGUCCAGGGAGCUUUUGUGCUGAGAGUGGCUCUGGGAUUGUGCCACGGAUUACCAUCAGCCUGCUAAACAUCGAACUUCCUGUGUGUAAUCAAGACCUGCAGGUUUUAGACUAAUUACCUAAUUAGCAAUCAACCACCAUGGAAGCACUCUACAUCCACAUCGCCAACAAGCUAGAGUCCAUCAGAUUCGGCAAGCCGAAACACUCUGGGAAGCUGAUCGACAUCGCGGAGCUCAAGACCCUCGAGCUCUGGAGAGCGGUGUUUGCCGAGUUCCUGGCGCAGAUUCUGUUCGUCUUCCUGGGCUGUGCCUCGGCCAUCGCUAUCAACCCGACCAAUUCAUCUGAUCCCGUCUACCUGGUUAAGAUAGCUCUGGCCUUUGGUUUGGCCAUCAUGGCCUUAGUCCAGAUGAUUGGCCAUGUUAGCGGCGGCCAUAUUAACCCGGCAGUCACGGUUGCCAUGGCGGUUGUCAUGAACAUUUCCGUCGUCAGGGCCGUCCUAUACGUCGUGGCUCAAGUCAUUGGCGCCAUUCUUGGAGGUUUUCUGCUCAAGGGCCUGACCCCCCACAUCUUCCACAAGAAUCUCGCCGUCACCAGUCUGGGAAAUGGCGUCACCCCAGCCCAGGGCUUCGGUGUAGAGCUCAUCCUGACCUUUGUUCUCGUAGCUGUUAUCUUCGGCACCACUGACCCCAACCGCCCAUCUUUUGGUAGCCCCGCCCUUCUCAUUGGCUUGACCGUCACUCUUGGUCACUUGGCAGGGAUCAACUAUACAGGCUCUAGCAUGAACCCAUCUAGAUCGCUUGGUUCAGCCAUCGCUUCCAACUCAUGGGAACAUCAUUGGAUCUACUGGGUAGGGCCUAUAGCUGGAGGUAUAGUUGCCGCCCUUGUGUACAAGCUGGUGUUGAACCCGUACAAGGGAAUCAUCAACUUGGACGAGGCUCUAACCAAAAUGAAAAAUGACUUGCCCAAUCACCCUGAGGAUAUUAACUUGAAGAACGUUGAAUAGGUAGCGAUGACACAGUCGUUGUGGUGCCGAGGGACUAUGUAAAGGACGAAAAAGGGAAGACAUUACCUCAGAUGACCCAUAUGUAAUGCUGCUAUUUUUAAAAUUAUUUCCUACCGCUAGACUAGGCUACAAACCUUUUUUUUUACAUUUGGUUCAAGACUGUUAUUUACGGGGCAUGAAAGAGACUUAGGCUAGAUUUAGAAAAGUAUCUUUGCUAUGCCCCACUAUUCCGUCUAGUGUUGCCUUAGCAAACUUACAAGGCAGUUUUUUUUGUUUGUUUUAACCUCAGAAAACUUUUGUUAACCUUUUUUUUUAGUUUUCAAUAUGUACAGUAGUUGUCUAUACACGUGUUCUAUGUGAUGUUUAUUAAAUUAUUUUUUACAACCUUACGUUGAGUGAUAAGAUUGAAAGCACCUCUUUGGGUAUUUACAUGAAGUGAUAUACCGUGUUUGUAGUGUACGGCCUUUGAAUAUACUUCACCUGGAUACCUGUCAGGCUAUUGUUUUAUUUAUUUACCAUUGUGCCAUUCGUUAGUUUGUCAAACCAAACCUAAUGUUAUUGUGAUAUAUUUAUUUCAUCCCAUUUUUGUUUUCGUUUUUUUUUUCUUCUUAACUUGAUAAAUUAAAAUUUGGAUAUUUUUUUUGGUUAUCCACUCCCCACCCUUUGCCAUUUAAAAAAAAAAUUAUCUUAGAAAUGAUUAGCCUCAUUACUUUAAAGGGACCAAAUUAUAAAUUGGACCAAACCAUGUAAAGGGACCAAACUCGGCAAAAUAAUUUUAUGGUGAAAAAUAACUACACACAUUCAAUUAUAAUGCAAUGUUUUUUAAAACUAUUUUUUCAAUGCUUUAUAUCAAAUGAAGACACAAGCUAAUAUUCUAGAGUAGAAGCUCUAAACUUAUGUCUCAUUUUGUUAUUUAAAAUAUAAGUAGUUAGAUAACACUGUUAUUUUGUAAGCUAUCAUAUUAGCGUAGUUUCUAAAAACAGCGCUAACAAAGAAGAUCAACAUAAUUUUUAACUUAAAAAAUAAUUUCUACACACUGUAAUAGGCUAUCCUUUUCUAAAGUUUGACAUAAGCAGGCGGCAUUCAGAAACGUCAUUUGUGUUUACGAUGUCAAGUUUGUAUACAAAAGAACAACAACCCAGGAAGCGUCACUGCAAAGUAUAUUCACAAGUUCAUUCCCCAUUUCUGUUAAAGUUAAAGGGAUGUCAAUUUUUUUUUCCUAAUAAUUUAUUAGACAUUUUUUUUUUACACAAUUUAUUUU